UUUCCCCAAAUGAUUCCACCCUAUCUGCUUAAGUAGCAGAAACAAUCUCAUGAUAAGUUCUUAUUUGCUGUAAAAAUGAGUGUUGAAUGGUGAGAAUCUAAGAUGGAAUGGGAUAAACUUUGGUGGGCCUCAACUGUUAAAAAGCUUUGUGACAUGUUUGGCUUUAGUAAUUGAGUUUUUUGUUUUGUUAUCCAUCAGAAUACUCAUUUUUUUCCCCUUAUUAUCCCUCAUGGACUUCUGGGUUGUUCCCUCUUUGUUUGCUACCUUCCAAUGUCCCUUUCAAAUUUCGCAAUUCAAAGCUUUAAUUACCACUUUGUUUAUGUCAUGACUGUAUUAAUUUCCAUUGCCUCACAGAAAACUGACAAUUUAUUUAUUAUUAUUAUUAUUAUUAGUAUUAUUAUUAUAUUAAAUUAUUUGAUAUUAUGGCAUUCAGAUAUUUCUCAUGGUCCAACUGAACUCUGUUGCCUUUUCGUUCUUUCAAUAGGUCAGCCGUUCACAAGAGUCGAGUUCCUGUGCUGUGGAGCAAAUCAACACUGAGAAGUCCUCUUCUACUUUACAGGUUUUUGUUACUUUUUCUCUAGGCUGCUCUCUGGUUUCAACUUGCUCGAAGAUUUCUCUUCGUGUUUCCGUCUUCCUGAAUUCGAAGUAAUUUCUGAGAUCUGAAGCCUUUAUCUACUUCCCCAAUCUGAAUCUCCGUUAUCAGUUACAUCUACGUGAGAUAGGACAAAAUCCCAAUUCCAAAAAUCAGUUCUAGAAACUCAGUCCUCUCUUAGAUUUAGGAAACAAAAAAAUUGUAUAGAUAGAAACCUCAAUUGUAGAACACUAGGUGAGUAAAGUUGGUCCUUUUCUUCUUCUUCCGGUGGCUAAUUCUGCUCAGCAGACUUAAACAAGGCCAGAUGACUGUUGAUGAAGCAGGAAGUAGCUCCUUGUGGAGUCUAGAACAGGACAAGGCAUUUGAGAAUGCACUUGCAAGUCAUCCCGAGGAUGAUUCGGAUCGGUGGGAGAAAAUUGCAGUCGAUGUACCAGGGAAAACCGUAGAAGAGAUUAAACAUCACUAUGAGCUUUUAGUUGAGGAUGUUAAUCUAAUUGAAUCGGGUUGUGUGCCUCUCCCUUCCUAUAGUUCUUCUUCAGAUGGUUCAGCUAGCCAUGCUGGUGAUGAAGGAACAACUAAGAAGAAUGGUCAUUUUGGGCACUGUAAUGGUGAUUCAAAUCAUGGAAGUAAGACUUCGAGGUCAGAUCAAGAACGCCGUAAAGGGAUUGCUUGGACAGAGGAUGAACACAGAUUGUUUCUACUUGGUCUCGAUAAAUACGGGAAAGGAGACUGGCGGAGUAUAUCCCGAAACUUUGUUGUGACAAGAACACCAACACAAGUGGCAAGCCAUGCACAAAAAUACUUCAUCCGUUUGAACUCGAUGAACAAAGAAAGGAGGCGGUCCAGCAUCCACGAUAUUACCAGUGUUACGAACGGAGAUAUCUCGGCCACUCAAGGGCCGAUCACUGGUCAAGCAAAUGGCUCUGGAGCAACUCCCUCUGGGAAACCAACAAAACAGCCUCAAUCUGCAGCUGGUCCUCCUGGUGUGGGAAUGUAUAGUGGUCCAACAAUGGGGCAGCCAGUGGGCAGUCCGCUCGUCUCAGCUGUUGGCACCCCUGUCAGUCUUCCUGCUCCUGCUCAUAUGGCAUAUGGAGUCCGAGCUCCAGUGCCCGGCACGGUGGUUCCCGGUGCACCUGUAAACAUGGGUCCGAUGACAUAUCCAAUGCCUCACACAUCUGCUCAUAGGUAAUAUACAAAUUAUUGGAUGCUGGGAAUGCCAUUUUUUUUUUCUUUCUUUCAAUUAUCUUCUCUAAUUGGCAAUGGAAAAAUAAAGCCAUAAUGGAGGAAAUUUACAAGUUUCUGUAUAGGCAGUAGGCAGCUAUGGAACAAAAAAUGGUAAGCAGUUAUGAAUGAAUAGGACAUCUUCUGUUAGAUCUCUCUUUUUCUUUCUGUGGGUUGAAAAAACUUCAAUUCCCAUUAUUUGUGAUAGAGGUAGAAGCCUUUUUUCUUACAAAAAUUUGAAGUAAUGUUCAUAAAGGUUCAGGUUUAAAAUAUUUUAUUACAAAGCAGAAUUAAUGUUUGGGUCUUGUGAUCUUCUUGUAGUAUUCCAGUGUUUAUUGCUGUUUCCAAACAGUUUCUGAGAAUAAUAAUGAAGAGCUGAGCUGAGACAUCAAUUUUACUU